UAAUUAUGUCUACUGCGCUUGCAGUUGGAGCAGGAGCACUUAUUGUAGGUGCUAUAGCGAUUGUAAUCUUAAUAUUCACCUCCUUCAGAUCCUUGGAAGUGAAUGAGGUUGGCUUAAAUUAUUCUGGAAUCACUAAGAGUGUCGACAAAGAUCUAUAUACUUCAGGUAUACAUUUCUUAGGGGUUGGUCAUUCUUUUUUAAAGUAUCCUACCACUGUUCAGACCUUUGAAUUUUCAAAGGGCAGAGGAUCGGAUGCUCCAAGUGUUAAGUCAAGGACAAAGGACGGACUUGAAGUAGAACUUGAGAUCUCAUUCCAGUACCUCUAUAUGUCCCUUGAGCUCUAUGACUUGUAUAUGCAAUAUGGACAACAAGAGAGACUUCCUUGAAUGAAGAUUGCUAUUGAUAUUCUAACCGAUGUGGCUACUCAGUAUAAAGCAUCUCAGUUCUUCUUUGAUAAGGAGAAGAUUACUCACUCAAUGCAGACAGCUGUAAACAAGACAUUCGCUCAGUAUUGAUUUGCCACUGUAGACUAUUUCCAACUUAAGAGUAUUGACCUUCCUGAUAAAUAUGAAGUUGCUAUCCAGGAAACAGAAGUAAAGAGACAAGACAUCCAUAAGGCAGAGGCUGAAAAGUCUAAGAUGCAAAUUGAACUUGAGACUCAGAUUAUGCAAGCUAAGAUUGCCUCGAAUAUCAACAUCAAUAAAGCUGAGGCCAAAGGACAAAGUUUCUAUAAGAUUCAGUAUCAGCAAGCUGAAUCAUUAAAGACAAUUAAGGAUGCUCUUGGUCUCUCGAACCCUGAUUUGUUGGAGUACCUUAGAGCAAAGAUCCUCAGAGAGUAUCCAGAAGACAAGAUGAUCAUUGGGAUGGCUUAA